AUGUCCUCUGAUGCGGCGGCUUUGCCAUCACCGCCUGACAUCCCACCGUGGAAGGACGGAAAGCGUCCUUACUCGGUGGGGCACAACAUGCAUACCAACGCCCAGGUCAGCGGACCGGGUUCCUAUUCAAAUGGCAACGUCCGCCCGCCACUAAAUCGCCGCCCCCGAUUCCCCAACAUCAAAGACUUGCAGGACCAGGCUGCUAUGUUGAAUGUGAACGAGACCACUCCGCUCCCUAUCCUGUUGAGCACCGCCUCCGACGCGAUCGAGCAAGCCAGGAGUCUUGCAGACGCCGACCAAUCUGAUAAGGCCUAUGUACAAUACCUUCGAGCCUCCGAAAUCACAGUCAACAUCAUUCCACAUCACCCUGAUUACCGACACACGGUCACCGAACGCCCUGGAUGGUACAAACAAUUUGCGGAUUUGAUGAUGGCGGUGCGAACAAAACAAGGGACAAUGGAUGGGAUCAAAAAGGAGAUCAUCGAGGACAACCUGGCCAGCAACUUACAACCCACAGGCGCCGUCGCUUCAAGGUUUCCAGAAGAACUCACUACCAAGCCGAGCGGGCGUGAAAAUCAUGGGCCUGCAAACGAACCCGCCAGAAUGCCGAGCCCGACGCAGUUUCAACGGACACCCGAUGUCCAAGCGCAAAUCAAAAGGUUUUCCAGUCCGCCAGAAGACAUGCUCGCUCAGCGUUUUGCAAAACUCAGGGCAUCUCAACCUUCUCAUCAGAACGAGCCCAGAGCAGGCGCACGACCGGGUUCUUCUCUCAUCUCAUCUAAUACCCCCCAGGAGCCGCAUGAUUCUCCACUAGGCUCGCCUUCCAGACGCCCGAUGGGACCUCGCAGUAUGAACCCUUCCACCCAAAUGCCGAGUCUGCCUCCGAAAAUUCCUCUUACCACCAUGCUCCCCCGAGCCCCGGAUCCAGCUUAUAGUCCCAUAACCACUUUGUCAUCGCAGCUCCCAUCAAAUCCGCCAAGAACUUCGACUGAGAGCGGGCGUUCAGUUAACCCAAGAUAUUCUCAGUUCACGAGUUCUCCUCGUGGCAGCCCGAGCCGAGAUAAUCCGUACAGGUCGCGCACCCCCAAUGGCGUUCACUCGGAGCAGGGGACUCGAAGUAACUCGCCUGAUCUACCCUAUAACACUACCGUCACCGCCCACGAUCUUCUCGAUUAUCUUCGGAAAUUCAAUAUACUGCUAGUCGAUGUUCGGCCGCGUGACCAGUACGACAACGGCCAUGUUUAUGCCAAGUCGAUCAUCUGCGUUGAGCCGGUGGUCUUGAAGGAGAAUGUGUCCGCGGAGGAGCUUGAGGAGCGACUGGUCGUGUCUCCAGAGCAUGAGCAGACGUUGUUUGAGAAGCGCAACGAAUUCGACCUCGUUGUCUACUACGACCAGAGCACCGACUCGGUGAGCUACCUUGCCGGGUCGCCUGUUGGAACAUCCGCGCCACACUUGCGAGCCCUCCAUGACACACUCUACGAAUUCAAUGCGUACAAACCGCUCAAGGCCGGUCGUCCGCCAGCGCUCCUGCUUGGCGGUUUGGAUGCUUGGAUUGACCUCCUUGGACAGCAGUCUUUGGCAACAUCCUCUACUGCCGCUGUCAUGGGAUCUAUCCAAUCCAAGAAACCCGUUCCCAAGCCAGGUCGCCCUCUUGGAAGAGUUCCCACCAUGGCCAGUCCCAAUUCGAGCUUGGAGGUGCGCAAGAGAAGACUUCGCGAGUUCACCCCACUCAACUCAGAAGAGUUGUCGGCCUGGAUGGAGAGAUCGAAGAAUGAAGAGAUCGACACCAGUACCUACAUCGAAGAGGAGCAGCUGACUGAAGAGCCUGAAGAGGAAGCAGCCGAGCAGGAGCCAACGACGCCGUUUGUUCAAAAUUAUGAAGCCUUUUUGCGGCGCUUCCCUGAACCGCACCAUAUCCAGCAGUCGAUGAUGCACCCAGCGUCUCAGCCUGUUUCUGCUCCAGCUCCCAACUACGCCGCCCCGCUUAUUCCCCCAGCUCCAUCUCGGCCGCCUCCUGCGGUGCCCCGUCCCAGUUAUAGCGGAGUGUCAGACGGCCGGCAGAUCCAGCCACCGCUUGAACGGCAGAACUCGGCUACCCGGACGGCUCUAUACACCCCGUCUCUGCUCAACCGCCUCAAGCUUCCUCGCACUGGCUUGGCCAACUUCGGUGUUACAUGCUACAUGAACUCCACUAUACAGUGUCUCAGUGCCACAGUCAUGCUGAGCAAGUUUUUCAUUGAUGACCGGUUCCGGUACUACGUGCAGAAGAACUGGAAGGGUUCACAGGGUGUCAUGCCGGGCCUUUAUGCGAAUUUGAUUCGGUCUCUGUGGAAGAAUGAUGUGGAAGUCAUCAUGCCUACCUCAUUUCGGAACUUCUGUGGUCGCUUGAACCGCGAAUGGGCUAUUGACCGACAACAGGAUGCCAAGGAAUUCUUUGAUUUCGCCGUGGAUUGUCUCCAUGAGGACCUGAACAUCAACUGGCAGCGAACACCGCUCCGGCCCUUGACCUUCUCCGAAGAGAUGCAGCGCGAGCGAAUGCCCGUUCCGCGAGUGUCCAAGAUUGAAUGGGACCGGUACUGUCACCGGGAAGAAUCCUACAUCUCCUCCCUGUUCGCUGGUCAGCAUGCCAGUCGACUCCGUUGCACCACCUGCCAUCAAACCUCGACCACCUACGAGGCCUUUUACAGUAUCAGCGUGGAGAUCCCGCCUACGGGUACCGGGGACAUCUAUCAAUGUCUCCGCAGUUACUGCCAGGAAGAGAUGCUGAGCGGCGACGAGGAGUGGAAGUGUCCUCACUGCAACUGCAAGCGACUAGCCACCAAGCAGAUCAUCAUCACACGAGCGCCCCAGAUCCUCGUCGUCCACUUCAAGCGCUUCUCCGCGUCCAAGACCCAGAGCGCGCGCAAGAUCCACACACCGAUCGAGUUCCCACUGCACGGCCUGCGCAUGGACGACUUUGUCAUCUCCUCCUACUCAGGCAACGCCACCACCGAGUCGGAAGCUGCCACCAGCCCAGCUUCCGCAACGAUGGCAGCGACCGCGCCACCGUUCACGUACGAUGCUUUUGCCGUGCUCCGACACAUUGGAUCAUCGAUGGGCAGUGGGCACUACAUCUCGCUCGUGCGGGACGCGGCGCGUCAGAACUGGCGGAAAUUCGACGAUGAGCGGGUGAGCGACUUCAAUCCGCGCGACCUGCGAGCCCGGGACCGGCUGCAGAACGAGCAAGCGUACAUUGUCUUUUACGAGCGCGUGCCAGCGAAAUGA